AAGGCGGGUCGGCCAGCCAGCCAGAGCUGGGGUGUCGGCAGCCCGGAGCGGAGCUCGGCCCGCGGGCUCAGAGCUGCUCCCCAGGGCGCGGCGCUGGAAGGGCCCCGGGCAGCGGAACUCCGCGGCGGGUGCGGGAAGUGACCAGCUAGUUCUCCAUGCUUCAGCUGUAGUUAAUGAAGGAGAUUGUUUCCUCUUGUGGGUCUUUACUCAGGUGCCUGUAACUUGCACAUUUGCAACUUUCAAGCAUAAGAGGCCAAAAUUUAAUAUUGUAUGGAGAAGCACCUGGUUAGUGCAUUGUCAUGGGUGACCAUUGCUUUCCUGUACUUCCCUAGUACUGAAGCCACCAGGAUUCAGUGAUGGAGGCCUUGCUGGAAGGAAUGCAAAGAAAUGGGCAGGGGAGCGGUGGGUUCUUGACCUCCUGUGAGGCUGAGCUGCAGGAGCUGAUGAAGCAGAUUGACAUCAUGGUGGCUCACAAGAAAUCCGAAUGGGAAGGGCAGACACAGGCUUUGGAAGCUUGUCUGCGUGCUCGGGAGCAGGAACUCUCCUCUACCAAGGCAGCUUUGCAGGAAAAACAAAAGGAGAUUGGCAUGUUGCGUUGCCAGGUCGAAGAUGUGGAAAAAUCCAAGCAGGACAUGGUUAGAGAGUAUGAACAACAGCUGAAGAAAUUCCAGGAGGAAUUGUCCCGGCUGAGGAGGAGCUAUGAGAAGCUGCAGAAGAAAAAAAGCAGAGGAGAAGCUAACAAGGGACAAGAGGAGGACAAGUUUGAAUUGAGCCGACUGACCAGGAAGCUGGAGGAGUUCCGUCAAAAAUCACUUGACUGGGAGAAGCAGCGCCUGCAGUACCAGCAGCAGGUGGCAUCGCUGGAGGCACAGCGCAAGGCUCUGGCAGAGCACUCCGAGCUCGUGCAGAGCCAGCUGGCCAAUCGGAAGCAGAUCCUGGACUCGGUGGAGCUGGCGAGCCGCUCAGAAAUCCAGCACUUAGCGAGCAGGCUGGAGAGGGCCAAUGACACCAUCUGUGCCAAUGAGAUGGAGGUGGAGAGACUCAGCAUGAGGGUGGAUGACCUGAGUGAGGACAAUCGCCUGAUUCUGGAGGAUCAGCAGAGAGUUCAAGAAGAAUUAAGGCAGUCAAAGAAAAUGUUAGAGGUGCUGCAGGAUGAGAAGAUGGAGCUGAGAGCUACCUUGCAGUCCCAAGAAGAUUUCAUUGACAGCUCCAAGCUGUACCAGGAAAAGUUACAGAAGGAGCUGGCUAAGAUGACUGAAACUCUUCACACAAAAGAAUUCCUCAUCAGGGCCUUGGAGGAGCGCUUGCAGGGGAAGCCACUGUCCUCUGCAGGGCUGGAGCUGGAGCAGGUGCUGCUGCAGCUGGAUGUUGCCCAGAAGAAGGAACAACACUUGCAGACAGAGGUGACUCGUCUUGAGAACAGCCUGGUGUCUUCAAAUGCCAGGUGUGUGCAGCUGAGCGAGGAGCUGGGUGAGAAUAUCAAAGAGCUGCAGUCCCUGGAAGAAGACCAGACUGAGUCGAGGGCAGAGAUUAAAAAGCUGAAGGACCAGCUCUCUCAGGCUGAACAAAUGCACAGCAGUGAGCUAGAAGGGAUGAAAAGGGAGAUCUCCAGGCUGACGCAGGAGCUGCACCAGCGGGACAUCACCAUUGCAUCAGCGAGUGGCUCCACCUCAGACCUGGAGCAGCAGCUCAGAGCUGAGAUUGAAAGAGCAGAGAGGAAAGCAGUGGAGCACAGGGUAAUUCUGGUCCAGCUGGAAACCUUGAGGCUGGAAAACCGUCAUCUCUCAGAAAUUCUGGAAAAAACAGAGUGUGGUAAGCUGAAGGGGCACGAUGGCACCCUGAGAGCACUCAGGGAGGACUAUGCUGUUGAGCUCCAGAAAUUAAUAUCUGAGAACCAGCAGCUGCGGAAGGACCUCGCAGAGACCAGGGCGAAACUGGAGGUCACUGCACAGGUGUGCCCAGAUGAACCCGAGGGCACGGCUCAGCAGGGGCAAGGCAAAGAGCCCAGGGAUGUACAGCACAGGACAGCUCAGGAAACACAGCACGAGCACGAUGAACACACAGCAAGGACACAUCUCCAGCCUGACAGGACUGCUCAGCAUCAUAACAGGGACUCCCAGAGGUGUGGGGCUGCUGAAACAGGAGCUGUGAGCCCCGAGAUGGGUGAGCCACCCUCCCAGAGCAGCAGCAAGAACUGCAAGGAGUCACGUGCCCGGCUGGGAGCAGAGUCUGUGCUCCAUGUGGUGGAUGAAAACAAAGAUUUUGCAGAUGAAGCAUCUAAGCAGCCUGCCUCAAAUCAUCACAGAGAAUCUGUGUUUUUGUGCCCCUUGCCUACAGCUUCUGUCGGAUCCAUUGCUGCACGAUACCUGGAAGAUGAAGAAGUGAGAUCCCAGCACAUCCUGGAGUGCCUAAAUGCUCACAUUGAGGAACUGAAAAAAGAGAGUGCAAAGAUAGUGAGACGAUUUGAACACCAGGAGUAACGUUUCUUGUGGAACUGGAAUGCUGGUUUCCUUACGUGGUUCCACACCGUGACUGGGAAGGUGCCUACAUCCAGUUGGGAUUGGAGCCUGAGUGAGAGGCCACGUGUUCCCCUUGGAGCUGAAUCAGCAGGGUGGGAGUUGAGGAAAAGGAACUCCUGUCUAUCUGCUUGCUCUGAUGAGAGGUGUUAUACCACAAACAUUUUAGUCAGCUUGCCAUAGGUCAGAGACCUGCAUCAGAGCUAUGUGCUCACUCACAAAGAUUAUGGUGUUUUUUAAAAGCAAACUGUUUUCUAGUUUUUAUGUGAACUAUUUAAAGUAUAUUUUAUACUUGUAAAAACACUGAAAUAAAUC